AUGAUAUUAACUGUGUUUCUGAGCAACAAUGAACAGAUUCUCACAGAAGUUCCAAUUACGCCAGAAACAACCUGUCGUGAUGUAGUAGAGUUCUGCAAAGAGCCUGGAGAAGGAAGCUGCCAUCUGGCUGAAGUAUGGCGUGGAAACGAGCGUCCCAUACCCUUUGAUCACAUGAUGUAUGACCACCUACAGAAAUGGGGACCCCGCAGGGAAGAGGUGAAAUUUUUUCUUCGUCAUGAGGAGUCACCAGCUGAAAGCAAUGAGCAGAGUGGACGUCAAGCCCCAAAUCAAAGAAAUGGCAUAAAUAUACCUGUGGAGAAACGUACAGAGAAUGGGGUUGGCAAUCCACGUGUUGAGCUUACUCUUUCUGAACUUCAGGAUAUGGCUGCCCGACAACAGCAGCAGAUUGAAAAUCAGCAGCAAAUGUUGGUUGCUAAGGAACAACGUUUGCGUUACCUGAAGCAGCAAGAACGUCGUCAGCAGCAGUCUGUUUCUGAGAGUGAAAAGCUUCAAAAACUUAAAGAACGUGUUGAAACCCAGGAGACAAAGCUGAAAAAAAUCCGUGCCAUGAGAGGACAAGUGGACUACAGCAAGAUCAUGAAUGGCAAUCUGUCAACUGAAAUUGAGCAUAUAAGUGCCAUGUUCCAAGAAAAGCAGCAGGAGCUACAGGCUGCAGUGUUAAAAGUGGAUCAACUUACUCAGCAACUGGAAGAUUUAAGGAAAGGGAAACUGAAUGGGUUUCAGUCUUACAAUGGACAAAUGACAGGACCAGCAGCAGUAGAAUUAAAAAAGUUGUAUCAAGAGCUACAGAUUCGUAACAGGCUUAACCAGGAGCAGAACUCCAAGCUUCAGCAGCAGAAAGAGCUCUUAAACAAACGCAAUAUGGAGGUGGCUAUGAUGGACAAGCGAAUUAAUGAGCUGCGUGAACGACUGUACAAGAAAAAAGUUGAGCUGAAUCGAAUUAAUGGAACUUCAUCACCCCAGUCAUCCUUGAGUGCUUCAGGAAGAGUGGCAGCAGUAGGACCUUACAUUCAAGUUCCAAGUGCUGGCACUUACGCUGUGCCAGUAGAUCCAGUUAAACCACAGUCUCUCACCAUUGCUUCUAGCUCAUCACAUGGAAGAUCAAAAUCUGCUAAUGAUGGAAAUUGGCCAAUACUUAAACAGAGUUCAGCCCCUGUGGUGAAACCCCCUCAGAUCUCCAACACAGACUGGAAAGAAUCAAGUAUGGAUACUGCUUUAAAACAAGGAACUAUAUCCAGCCAGCCCUUGCCAACUUCAGUGCUAGGAAGUACUGAUAAGCUGGGUCUUGAUCUGGGGAAGGUGCCACCAACGGUUCCUGGUGUAAGCAAGCAGUUGCCUCAAAACUAUGGGACCUAUCCAAGCCCAGUUCCCUUAGGAACAGGCUCUACAAAUUCCCUAGAAAGGAGGAAGGAUGGCAGCCUGCCCAGACCUGGCACCAGUAUAACAAAUCGGCAAAGACCUGUCCCACUUCCACCACCAAGCAAUGUUCAUCAGCCCAGCUCUUCACAGCAGAUUCAGCAGAGAAUUUCUGUACCUCCCAGCCCUACGUAUCAACCGCCUGGUCCCCCCUUGUUUCCUGGAGGAGAUGGCAGGCCAGAACUCCCUUUAACUGUGGCAAUCAGACCUUUUCUAGCUGAUAAAGGAUCAAGACCUCAGUCUCCCAGAAAAGGGCCACAGACAGUGAACUCCAGUUCCAUCUACUCAAUGUAUCUCCAGCAAGCAACACCACCAAAGAAUUAUCAACAGGCUGUAUAUAAUACCUUAAAUAAAUCAGUAAAAGCAGUUUAUGGAAAACCUGUAUUACAAUCUGGUUCGACUUCUCCCUCACCCUUGCCAUUCCUUCAUGGUUCUUUGCCUGCCCAGACUUCCUCACAGCCACAAUCUCAGCCUCAGACCGAGGUCUCUGAAAAAGAUCAAGAACUGGAAAAUGCUCCACCACCCAGUGAAAACAGCAAUGUGGAAAACAUUCCUCGUCCUCUCAGUCCUACUAAACUCACACCUAUUGUGCAUUCACCCCUACGAUAUCAAAGUGAUGCUGACCUUGAAGCUCUGAGAAGAAAAUUAGCCAAUGCCCCUAGGCCAUUAAAGAAGCGUAGUUCUAUCACUGAACCAGAAGGCCCAAGUGGACCAAAUAUACAAAAAUUAUUGUAUCAGCGCUUCAAUACUCUUGCUGGAGGAAUCGAAAGUGCUCCUUUUUAUCAGCCAAGCAAUCCACAGGACUUCAUAGGCAUCUUAGCAGACGUUGAUAAUGGUAACACUAGUACCAAUGGCAAUAUUGAAGAACCUAUUUCUGUGCAACCUACAGUUCCUCUUCCUGAUGAGCCACCCCCUUCAUCAGAUGCUAAUGAUAAUGAAUUACCUUCUCCUGCUACUGAGGAACUGAUAAGCACUGAAACAACAAAUCAAACAUCUGAGACAACUGAAGAUAACAACAACAAUCCUGCUAUAGUUCCUUCAACUGAACAGUCACCCAGUCCCACGCCUGAAGUCAGUUCUCCAGUAGAAGAUGAAGCUCCUCUGCCACCUGCUGUCCCUCCUCCACUUCCUCCAACAAAACGUACCAACUUGAAGAAACCAAACUCAGAAAGAACAGGCCAUGGUUUGAGAGUAAAGUUCAAUCCACUGGCCCUCCUCCUUGAUGCUUCUUUGGAGGGAGAAUUUGAUCUUGUACAACGAAUCAUAUAUGAGGUUGAUGAUCCCAGUAAACCAAAUGAUGAAGGAAUUACGCCUUUGCAUAAUGCAGUGUGUGCAGGUCAUCACCACAUUGUGAAGUUCCUGCUUGAUUUUGGUGUAAAUGUAAAUGCAGCAGAUAGCGAUGGGUGGACACCCUUGCAUUGUGCUGCUUCUUGCAAUAGUGUUCAUCUGUGUAAACUACUGGUAGAAUCUGGGGCAGCUAUUUUUGCUUCAACUAUAAGUGAUAUAGAAACUGCUGCAGACAAGUGUGAAGAGAUGGAAGAAGGUUAUAUCCAGUGUUCUCAGUUCUUGUAUGGAGUGCAGGAGAAGUUGGGUGUGAUGAAUAAAGGUGUGGUAUAUGCGCUGUGGGAUUAUGAAGCCCAGAAUAAUGAUGAGUUGUCAUUCCAUGAGGGUGAUGCCAUUACUAUUCUAAGACGCAAGGAUGACAAUGAAACAGAGUGGUGGUGGGCCCGCCUCAAUGACAAAGAAGGCUAUGUGCCUAAAAAUCUUCUUGGGUUAUAUCCACGAAUAAAACCUAGACAGCGAACCCUUGCUUGAAGUCAGUUGUACAACAGUGCAAUACCGUGCUGGUAACUGGAAACAUACACUGGAGCCACCAUUUUUGAUCAUUUCACACAGAGAAAUAAAACUAUGCUGUUUAGUUUUAAUGGUGCUUUCUCUUGUUAAAUGGACAGCAUCCACAGUUUUCAAGAUCUGCAGUUUGUAAAUGAGGAUCGUUUUUAUAUGACCCACCACUGAUGAGAGCGAUACCUCCACUACCAACAGUGUUGCACCAUCAUCUAAAGCAGUGUUUUAAGUUAAAGUUCCACGGUAGGAGCUUUCUUGUGUUAAAUGUUCAGCGGUGUAAUUUGAAGAGUGCAGAUACGCUGUCCAGUUUGCUCCAUCCCACAGUAAUUCUCCCACAUCAGGAUUUUGGACGUUAUAUUUGAUACCAGUGAAUAUUAAGUUCUCAUUACUGAUCGACUCCUUGGGUUCUAGGACACAAGAUCUUCACUUAUUACAUGCAUAACUAAGUAGUCACCAAAGCUUGAUGAAGGCCAGGAUUUUAAGCGGUAACAUUACUGUGCACUUAAAUCCUAGCCUAGGCAACUCCAACAAAAGCUUUACAUAGUCUAGCAUCUAGUAUUAUUUGCGUUUAGCAUCAAGCUAGAGAAACAACAAAACAUUAUUUGUACACUUCUCAAAACCCCUACACAAUAUUUCACUUGGUGUUUUAUUUUCUCAUUAUUCAGCCUACAGCACCAGUGUUACCUCUGCUCACAUAAAGGUUCCCCUGCUCAUCACCGGAGCUUGUCCUUCCUGGACAAAACAGUUAGUACUGAACUUGCAGCAGCUUAAGGGAUUUGUAUGUCUGGAUGGAUGAAAGUGCAAUAGUUGAAAAGGGUAAGAGUCUGGUAAGGGUUAUACUGUGUAAUCUGAAAUCUGCCUGAGUCACUCUAGAAGAAGACAUGAAGGACUGAAGUAAAAAGAGGUUUGUGUAGAUGCUAGGUCAAGGAGAAGAAAGAAAAAAGGUUCAGAGAAGGAUUUAAGAAAGGCUAUAGUUUAUUUGAGGACAGUUUCUGUGGUUCUUGGCAGCCUCCAUCUGUUGCCAAGGCAAGUUAUGCAAUAACCAAUUCCACUACAUUGUAGUUUAAAGGAAAAAAAGGCACUUCACUGGAAUUUUAAUUGUACAUGAUUAUAUAUACCAGAAGUAUAUUUUUAAUUUCCCAUUUUAAGUUUUAGCCAUAUUUCUUGUAACUCUCUCCCACCUAACAGUAUGCAAUUUGAUUAAUUCUUCAUGUACAAGUUCUGUGUAUAAUUUAUACAUCCAUUUCUGCAGUGCUGUAACUUGCUUUUACCACAGGUUAGCAUUAACUGUAUAUAUUGUGGUGAAAAGUGAAAG